UGAGGUAACACACCCUCUUCCGGCCAACUCUGCUGUCAGUUCAAAUGUGUCACUUUCUGCCAUUCAGUCAAAUAAUCGAUCGCUUCACUUUAAAACAGACCGAAGUUGAAGAGGAAAGACGACAGGCGAAAUGGUGCAGCUGACGAUGAUUGUUCGUGUCGCCGACAGCCUGCCGCUCGCUGCAUCAAUGCAAGAGGACGAGCAGUCAGGGCGAGACUUACAGAGAUACCAGAGUCAAGCCAAGCAGCUUUGCCGAAAACUGAACGAGCAGAGUCCUGCGCGCUGUACUUUAGAGGCCGGAGCCAUGUCCUUUCAUUACGUCAUUGAGAAGGGAGUGUGUUACUUGGCCUUAUGUGAAGCAGGAUUCCCCAAGAAACUGGCGUUUGCCUAUCUGGAGGAUCUGGAGGGAGAAUUCAGUGAGCAGUACGGGACAAAGGUCCCUUCAGUGUCACGGCCGUACUCUUUUAUCGAAUUUGACACAUACAUUCAGAAAACCAAAAAGUCUUACAUAGACAGCAGAGCACGAAGAAACCUGGGCAGCAUCAAUUCAGAGUUACACGAUGUCCAGAGGAUCAUGGUUGCUAAUAUCGAGGAAGUGCUCCAGCGUGGAGAAGCGUUAUCUGCCUUGGAUUCCAAAGCAAGUAAUCUGUCCAGCCUUUCUAAGAAGUACCGCAGCGAUGCAAAGUACCUCAACACUCGGUCCACCUAUGCUAAAGUGGCCGCCGGUGCCGUGAUCUUCAUCACACUCAUCGUUUAUGUGCGCUUCUGGUGGCUGUGAAUGUAUGUGACAAAUUCAAGCAGAAACUCUCAGGGCCUCACUCACAAAAAUGGCUCGGACACCAGAGUCUGUUCUGGCCUUAAGAGUGUGCCUGUUUGAGACACUGAAUGUAGCGGUCAAUGAGUUUUGUCGAGUUAAUCAUGCUGUUGUCUUUUUACACUUUUGUUGUAACGUAUAUUAGGUGUAGGUGCCUUGUAUAUGUUCAGGAUGUUGAUAACAGCUAUGCAAAGUACAUGUGGAGUUUAUAGGAAAUCACAUCUGUAUCUGGAGAAAAAGUUAUACAUCUUUGUUGGGACAGAGCCCACUAUGUCAAAUAUAUUUUUAGUUUGUGACUUGUGUAAAAUGUGAAGGUGCUUUUCAAGGAACAUCAGAGUAAAUUCAGACAAAUGUACUGUAAUGGUUUAUUGCUUACAAUUAUCAUUACAAAAUAGUCAUACUCAACGCAUUCACUCACUUAACAUGGUUCAAGAUGAUAAUUGGUCAUUUAUGUCUGACAGAGUAUAAAUACAUACAUUUGUUCUUUGAUGAAUAACAAACGAACAGCUGCUCUUGAUGCACUGACCAUUUCUGGUGGAAAUCCACAUUUCUUACUGUAUUUAGACAAUGAGGUCAAAGUCAUCUCGCUGAAAGAACAAAAACAAAAUUGUAAUGUUAAUGAGCAAUUAGUUCAAAUAGGGUUUAUAGCUAUUUUUAAUAAUUUCCUAAUAGCAUAAAAUCAGAUUCUCUCGGCGCUUAUAUGAUUACACUGUAUAUAAAAAUGUCAUUCUACAAAUUUUAGUGCCUUUAAAAACCUGUCUGAUGUCAGACUAUUAGUCCACACAGGGAGGGAUGCAUGUUAUUUUUCUUAACUAAUUUCAUUAAUAAAAGGUUUGCACACUGCUUAUUUUUAAAGAAAUUAGUUUUUAU